GGGGCAGCGAGUGAGUCGGCACGUUCCGUCCCACUGUGGACCUCCUCGUCCGGGACUGCUCCCAGUCGCCACGAUGCCUGCGGAAAAGAAGGCUGUCCAAAGCCUUCAUCAGCGACGAGGGUUAGCCUGGUGAUGUGAAGCCAGUUCCGUCCGCCUUCACACUUCCAAGGCUCCUCCAUCCAUUGGGUUCCAGGGCUCCUUGCUGCUCUUCAUCUGUUCAACGCACACAACAUGCUGGAGGAACUCAGCAAAUCAGGCAGCAACACAGUUUGGUGCGACUGGGGAAGAGGAGAAUGCUAAUGUGACUCAUGCCUUCACUGGCAAACUGGCCUUGCACUGGCACGGAAGCUGGUUUGACAGGAUCUCUGAGGGACCACUGAGAAGAACGCUUCAGUGCGUAGGGACUUCCCGUGCAGGACUGUGUCAGCAUUCCAGACUCAAAGCCAGUAGCGAUGAGAAUGAGGAGCAAAUAUGCAAUUAUUCUAUUUUUUGUUGUUGCUCUUGUGAUCAUUGAGAAAGAAAACAACAUAAUUUCAAGGGUGUCAGACAAGUUUACGCUGAAAUUACCUCACGUGGAAUUGGUGGAGCCAAACAACACAAUUUCGGCCAGAGCCUUGACUGAGAAUAACUCCCUUCUCUCGAGCUCAAACACUGCCCUCUGGCAGCUGCUGAAAGCACAGAGAAACUGCUCCUCAUCGCAGGCUGUGCCAAGAAGAGAGGAAAGAAAGGACUUGGUAGAGAGAAAGCACUUGCUGUUGAUGGCUACGACAAGGACAGGCUCUUCCUUUGUUGGUGAAUUCUUCAACCAGAACAACAAUAUAUUCUACCUGUUUGAACCACUGUGGCACGUGGAGAAGACGGUGACAUUUGAACCAGGUGGAAUGAACGGUGUGGCCACGUCCAUCAUAUAUCGUGACGUGGUGCAGCAGUUAAUGCUGUGUGACCUGUACGCGUUAGAGAGCUUCCUGUUCCCAAUGCCCGACCGCCAUAUUACGGGCUUCUUGUUCCGGCGAGGCUCAAGCAAGUCCUUGUGCGAGGGAGCAGUCUGCACUCCGGCCAAGAGAGGGGGGACGGAGAGGUUCCCCUGUCGUUUGCGUCAUUGUGGGCUCCUCAACAUGACCUUGGCUGCUCAAGCAUGUCUCCAGAAGCAGCAUGUGGCCAUGAAGACUGUCCGGCUAAGGCAGCUGGAGUUUCUUCGGCCGCUGGUGGAGGACCUUAGGAUCAACCUUAGGAUCAUUCAGCUGGUGAGGGAUCCCAGGGCUGUGCUAGCAUCUCGGAUGGUGGCCUUCCCCAGUAAGUACGAAGCGUGGAAGAAGUGGGCCAAUGAAGGAGAAGUGCCUGAUGACGAGGAGGUGGGUAAACUCCGAGGGAACUGCGAGAACCUCCGUGCCUCAGCACAGCUUGGUAUCAGCCAACCGCCCUGGCUCAAGGAUCGCUUCAUGCUGAUGCGCUACGAGGACAUUGCCCUAGAACCCGUGAAGAGAGCACAGGAGAUGUACCGCUUUGCUGGCAUUCCCUUCACUCCUGAGGUCAAGAAGUGGAUUUACGAAAACACCCAAGCUUCCAAGGCCAGUGACAAUGUUUACUCAACGCACAAAAACUCUUCAGAGCAGUUUGAGAAAUGGCGACUCGGUCUGCCAUUCAAGAUUGCCAGAGUUGUCCAACAAGUGUGCGAGCCAGCGAUGAAAUUGUUUGGCUACAAGUUUGUCAAAGACGCAGCAACACUUGCCAACAGAUCCGCCAGCCUGCUCGAGAACAGAAACUUCUGAAUAACCUAAUUUAGGGAGAAAUUUUGGUUGUCUUCCAGUCACUGAAGGAAUACAGUUUAUUGUCAGAGAUAAAGCUUGAAGGUUCUUGGACCUUCUUCAGAAGCGUUAAGUAAAUUUAACAUCUCCUGGAUGGAUGUGCAAUGGCCUUAUUAGGCAUGACAAGGACAGAGCAGUUGCCUGAGUACAGAUAAUAAUGGAAACACAUAUAUUAUGCACACACAUGAGGGAUUUAUUUAUUAAAGGAAAGAUUAUUUUUAUGACUUGAUUUUAUAAAGAUUUAGCAUGGUGUUGAGGCUAGAUGGGGUGACAGGGUUACAAAGGAUCUUAAUCCUAUUUUUACUGAAUUUAGACAUUAGGGUUAAAAAUCAAAUUAUAGGGGAUGUGAAUUUAUUUUUGAUUUUAAAUUAUAGAAAUUCUUUUUAUAGAAUUUCAGGGCUUAUUUUUCACCCAAUUUUAGAGAUACCUUUAGGACAAAUAUUAUAUUUUUGACUAGAUAUUGAGCCUAAAUUUGAGACUAAAUUUGAAGGGGGAGUGAAUGUAAUGGCUAGAUAAAUGCUCAAAGUUUUAGAGAUGUAUUGUAGACAUUUGGUGUAAAACAAUUCUUUUGUUAGUGGGAUUUGAGAUUUGAUUCCUUCUUUAUUUCCACCUCUUGAAUAACUUCUCUUAGAUCUUUUAUUCAAAUUGACAUGCUAUUGUAAUCUAUGCAGAGGAGCUUAUGCUGGUCCAAGAAUGAACUUCUGCACAGCCACAUUGACAAGACAUUUUGGUUACUUACAAUCCCAUUUCAUUCUCAAGAUUUCAAUUAGGUUUGUAGUGGAUUAAAUGCAGAUGACUACACCCUGUGGGUCAAGAGAAAGUGCUAGAAGCCGUACUAUUGAAGUAAAGUGACUCUAAAGCCCAGACUUCAAGUGGUGAUACCUUUAUUCACAUUGAUAUCAUGGAAAGCCUGUAGUUACAGAACAAUUUUGGCAUAUAUCAUACUGAUGAAUAAGCAUAUAUUUGUGACCAGGAGCAAGUAAUUUUUAACCAUAGAAUAGACAAGUGACUAAAUCACAUGAGUGUGUGACCUCUUUUCGUCCAUUUACACUUAGUGCCCUAAUCCUGAUUCUGGAAGACUUGUCUGCUGUCUGCAGGUCUAAGUUUAGGACAUUGGUUUACAAAAGUUCAUUGGGCUACAACAUUCAAAUUGAAAAAUCCAACUACUUAGUUCAUUAACCCUUUUGCUUACCCUUCUUUCACACCUACGCAAGGCGACAGGCAUCACCCACAACCUUCCAACACCAAUCUUAAAUGUUACUGGAAUAAGUGUUCUGUCUUGAACAACUGUUAAAGAUCCAAGUUUCCGGCUGAAACUCCUAAGAAUCUUAAUAAAUGAGAAUAAACUUCACCUGUCUAGAAACUGACUGCAUCAAAAAUAAAGCUGAUUCACACUCUGCUAGAUCAAUGGUUCAUUUAUAAGCAAAAUAAUCUUUUCACCCAGUCCCAUGGUAUCUCUUCCAGGGUCAGGCUAAUAGUACACACCACCCACCACCAACGCCAAAGGAAGACUAGUUAUUCGGGGAGUUCUGCAUUGAAUCUUGGAGUAAAGAGCCCUGACUACAAUGCCUUUGUAAUCUGUUCCCUCUGGUAUUUUAGCAGGGUGUGGCUAGUUUGUAGUGUGCGCACAGGCAGUAGUUAUAAUGGCGUUUGUACAUCUUGGGAGCAUCCACUGGAUCAUAGAGAGCUGGGAUCUGGAAGAGUGCUGUGAGAAAUUUGGAUAGUGUGUAUCUGCUAUAAAUGCUAUUGUUACUUGGGCAAUUAAUGCUCCUUUUGAAGUUCGUUUAGAUUCAGGACUUGAGGGAACUCUUGCAUUCUGGUCCUGCUUUAGCGAACAGCAAUAAAUCAGUCACCAACAUGCUGCAUUAACCAGCUCAUUUGCAUGAUUGUUCUUCCUGGCAUCUAAGGUUCUCUAAGAGAAUCAGGCCAUCGUAUUUUAGCUGACCACAUCCAUGGAAUUUAGUUGACAGUGCAGAGCACUGCCACAUUGCAUGUCUGCAACAGUCAUCUUGACUGAUGGCUGGGCUUUCAACAGUCAGAUUUUCUGCCUUAGGAGCCACAUCAAAGAUUGGCAUAACCUGUGGGAGAGAACAGGGUGGCCUUGGGGUAAGAACUGCAUACGAUUGAGACCUUUGUGUUCGUUCUUGGACCAGUCAAGUAAGCAGCUUAGCACAGGGCUUUGCCUAUUUACAAGCUGUGUUUGUUACUUAGUUCUCAAAUGGUAACUGUUUAAUCCCAAACCCGUCCAUGGUCUUGUCACAGCACUCUGUGUAAGUGCUUCAGAGUUGUGUUUUUAUCAUGCUUUGAUUUGACAUCGCAGAGUCUCUAACUCUGACCUCUGACCUGCUGAAGACUCCUGAGCCAGGCUGAAGCUAUGGGAUGCCAAGGCUAAGGAGAGCUCAAAUACUUGAUCAUGUCCUCUUUACUUCAUCUUGUUUAAUGAUUAAUUUUUGGGCAAUGUGAAGGAACUAGUCAGCUCUUGGUCUCUCAGUUAUUUUAUUUGGCCAAUAGGUCAAACUAACCUGCAAAUCACAGCAACACAGGUGUGAACAGGAGUCUUGGCUGUUAAAUGUGCAAGCUCAGAUCCAUUCUAGCUGUGAGAACACACGUAAUUUUACCUCAUGUCUGCCCGAUAUCAGGUAUCUUCACAGGAUAUCGGGGAGUUGCUCUGCAGCUGGCUUGCAGAGAGUUGAUCAUUGGAUACACAAAUUAUGGAUGUACUGUAGGUCGGGGUUUGUCUCUGAUAAUUGUGUUUCAUUUUACUGUAACCAUGGUUGGGAAUAUCUCUGUAAGGUGGCUGACAUGUCAUUA